AUGCUUUAUUCUGUCAUUUUGUCAGGCUUUUGUGCCGCCCUAGUUCUCGGAGACACUGCCACGCCUGAUCUUCCCGUUGUUGACCUCGGAUAUGAACUGCAUCAAGCAAUUUCAUUCAAUGAAGAACAAAGAUUCUAUAACUUUUCUAAUAUUCGAUAUGCCCAACCCCCCCUAGGGCAACUGCGCUUUACAGCCCCGAAGCCUGUUGAAGGACAUAGCAGCAAUGUCAAUAACGGUUCCAUUGGGGUAAUCUGCCCGCAAGCAAUAGCAGCCUGGAAUAACGGAUCAAACGCUUUUGUGAAGGCCUAUACCAAUGGUGUUCCUUUUGCCAAAGCAGCCAUCCUUGGAGAAGAAGCACAGGAAAAUGCCAAGGUUCCACCUUUAGAUCCCCGAACAACUGAAGACUGCUUAUUCCUAGACGUCUUUGUUCCCCAAAAAGUCUUUGAAGGCAUGGGUAGCGGCAUGAAGGCCCCAGUAUACUUGUGGAUACAUGGAGGCGGCUAUACGAAGGGCGACAAAACGGGCGACAGCAAUGUCCUCAUAGAGCCCUCGGCGGUGCUUCAACAAAGCAAUGACACUCUUAUAUUUGUGUCCAUCAAUUAUCGUUUGGGUGCUUUCGGUUGGAUCGCUGGUCCCUUAUUCGAAAACAGUGGUGGACUCCCUAAUAUCGGGCUCUAUGAUCAGCGCCUGGCAAUGGACUGGGUUCAGCAGUAUAUUCACCUUUUUGGCGGCGACAAGAAUCGUGUUACUGUUGCGGGAGAGUCUGCUGGGGCCGGUUCUAUCGUGCACCACCUGACAGCAUUUGGGGGACAAGGCGAUGCGCUUCCAUUUACACAAGCAGUGACCCAAUCGCCAGCCUUCUCAAUCAAUUCUAAUCUUGAUACACAAAACCAGAGAUUUCAAGAAUUUCUGAAUCUACUGGGGGUUGGCUCCCUUGAUGAGGCCCGCACUCUUCCUUCGGAGCAAUUAAUUAUGGCAAAUCAAAUGCAAGCCUUCAACUCCUCCUAUGGUGGUGGCACAUAUAGUGUCGCUGUUGAUGGGACAUAUGUUCCUGCUCAGCCGGGUUUGCUAUUCUUAAAUGGUUCAUUUCACCAAAAUGUCAACAUAUAUUCUGGUCAUAAUGUGGAUGAAGGCCUUGUUUUUACGAAUCCUCUGCUGAUGCUCAACGGCACUUACCCUGAAUUACUGCAGAGCCUCUUUAGCAAUUUGACUGCUAGUGAAAUGACUUUCAUCGAAAACAGCCUCUACCCGCCUGUUUUUGAUGGAAGUUAUGGCUAUGCGAACGAAUUCGAACGAGCUUCUACUACAGUUGCGGAUGUUUCCAUAGUCUGCAAUGUAGACUACAUGGGUCGUGCUUAUAAUAAUGCGACUUACUCCUAUGAAUUUUCUGUCUACCCAGGCAUUCACGCGCAGGAUUUGGCUUAUGAAUUUAACAGCACAAGUGUUGUCAAUCAAACUGUUGCUAGCGCUUUUCAAGCGUACAUUUCAAGUUUCGUGGAUACCGGUAUUCCCGUUGGCCACAAUUUACCCCCAAUCCCGCAAUAUGGACCUGACGCUCUGACAAUGAAUCUCACUACUACGGGAAUUGAGAUUGCGACACCAGCCAAUAUUGACCGUGAGCGUUGUGCUUAUUGGCAAAAUCUACUUUAG